AUGUUAGCCCUGUGGCUUCUGCUCCAUCUCGCCUCCCUAGGGCUUGGCAUCACCCAGCCCCUGGUCCAGGGGCGCAACUUUCAAAGGCUGGCACCCGUCUGGCCACCCCUCUUCAACCUCAACUUGUCCCAGGAGGUUGAGGAAACCAUCCAGAUUCCAAACAAUGGGAGUGCACCCCUGCUUGUGGCUGUGCAGGUGUUUGUGUCCAAUGUUUUUAAUGUGGACAUCCUUCGGUACACAGUGUCCUCUGUGCUGCUGCUUCAGAUGUCCUGGCUGGACCCUCGCCUGGCCUGGAAUACUAGUGUGCACCCCCGGCGUGCAAUCACACUGCCCCUGGACUCGCUUUGGACACCCAGACUCACCAUCCUGGAGGCGCUCUGGGUGGACUGGAGGGACCUGAGCCCACAGGCCCGAGUGGACCAGGAUGGCCAUGUUAAGCUCAACCUGGCCCUCACCACCGAGACCAACUGCAACUUUGAUCUCCUCCACUUCCCCAGGGACCAGAGUCACUGCAGCCUGAGCUUUUAUGCUUUCAGCAACACUGUGAUGGAGUUGGAGUUCCAGGCCCAUGCCAUGAAUGAGAUUGUGAGUGUCAAGAGGGAAUAUGUAGUUCACAAUCUGUCAACCGAAGUCCCACCCCAGCAGCUGGUGCCCUGCUUCCAGCUGACGUUGAGUCUGAAGAACACGGCGUUGAAGUCCAUCAUAGCUCUGCUGGUGCCUGCAGAGGCGCUGCUACUGGCUGAUGUAUGUGGGGGACUGCUGCCCAUCCAGGCCACCGAGCGCAUUGCCUACAAGGUGACACUGCUCCUGGGCUACCUGGUCUUCCACUCCUCACUGGUACAGGCCCUGCCCAGCUCCUCAUCCUGCAACCCACUGCUCAUUUAUUUCUUCACCAUCCUGCUGCUGCUGCUCUUCCUCAGUACCAUGGAGACUGUGCUGAUGGCUGGGCUGCUGGCCCGGGCCACCCUCGGGGCUAACAGAAGCCCCAGCACAGCCUUGAGAGGGGAACAGCGAGAUCGCAAGAACCCAGGGCCUAUUCCUGAAGAAGCCCCCAGAGGCAUCCAGGGUUCUAAGAGGAGCUGGCCUGAGACUGUGGACCACAUCUUCUUCCUUGUGUACGUGGCUGGGGUGGCAUGCAGCCAAUUCAUCUUCGCUGGAGUUUGGAUGUGGGCAGCGUGCAAGUCCGACCCAGCCCCUGGGGAGGCUGCACCCCACGGCAGGCAGCCCAGUCUGUAACCCAGCAGGGCCUGGGCUGAAAACCUUACUUUGCAGGUCUCUGGAGAGAGAGGAGGAAGGCUGCUCUCUUCCCCAACACCAGAGAACCUAAACCCCCUGACCUCUCCCUGUUAGCAUAUGAGAAUAGUGGAAUAAAUGUAUCCUGAGUGCAGGUAUACCUCAAGGGUCUGUCUUCACUGAGCUGGGCUAUUCCCUCUCAUCCCAUGUAGAUGGCACCCUACUCCCUGCCACUGGUCUCACUUUGUUCCUUAACGUACUAGUCUCACAGCCUUGUGCAGGCAGUCUGGCUUCUCCCUCUGUGGCCACCACUGCUUAGCCCAGAGGCACUGUGCUGGGCUGGAGGACAAGGGCCUGCAAGGCAGGCCAUGGG